UUUCGACAAGAAGAAAUGUUUCGAGUAAAUUUAAUUAAAUAUCACAUAAGAUACUUAAGUAAUGAAGCUAAACUAAUCAAAGGAACAUUAACGCUGAGAUUCCACGACUACCUUACAAACAAUCAUGGUCAAGAAGAGCAUCAAAAGUCGAAAAUAAUUGAAGAUAUUGAAAAAAUUUCGGAUCGAGGAAAAGGAAAAAUAGAAAAAUUGAAAAUUAUGGACAGAAGCUACAUGAAAAGUCUACGGAAUCAGCUCAGACAUGAAGAUAUGAUCGAGUGCUUAGAGUAUUUAGUGAAAACAUAUCCAAAUCAGAUACUUAAUUUAAGAUUUUUUGAUGAAGCUUUGAAAAUUCUAUUAGAUGAUGACAAAAUAUGCAGGAACAAGUUCACUAAGCUUGUCUACCUCAUUGGAUUCCUUAAAAAAUAUCAACCUGGUCCUAAAUAUCUAGAAUAUUUAAUUGAAAAUUAUUUAGAUGAUAAGUUAAGCAGCAAUAAGCUUAAUCGAAUGGAUUUUGCCAUUUUCUGUAUCUCAACUUACAAAUCCAGCGUUCGAGUUAUUAACAAAAAGUUCCAUGAACGACUUAUAGCUGAAGUUCUAGCAACAAAUGAUAAUGAUACAUACUUAUUAGUGGCAUUUAUUAAAAGCUUAAAGCAAAACGAGAUCGUGUCAAGUGAAGUUAUUGACAAAUUGAAGGACUUGAUUGAUAUCUUUGAGUUUGACUAUGCAUCUCUCGUCCAUAUCCUGCCGUACAUAGCUGACAAUAGUAUUAAAGAUGAUAGCUUAAUUCAAUUAAUCUGUACAAAGUGUAUUAAUACCUUUGAUGACAAUGUAAGGGCAAAGGAUGUCCAGAAGUUCCUACAUUCAUGUGCCAUGCUGAAUCUUAAGAUGAACAAAACUGAUCUCGAGAAACUUGAGACAAUCAUCAUUAAAAGAACGACAUGCGAUGAAUUUAAGACACAUUUUGAUCAUUUUGUCAAUGCAGCACUGUCUUUGUGGAUCUUAAAUCAUCAAUCUAAUGAAUUAAUUAACAUUUUAUGGGAAGAUUCACGAUUUUACAAAUCUGGACUAGAAAAUAGAUUCAAAUUAGAUUCCAGGAAGUUGUUGCUGCAAACUUGUGUGGAAAUUGAGAGACCAAAGUGGAUCAACAAGUCUAAAGUGACGUCAUUCAUGGAAACUCGAACAUCUCCUGGAUAUUUAAUUAAAGCUUCUUUAGAAAGAGCUAUGAACACAGUUCUGGCUGAUAAGAAUGGAACUUUCGUUCAUCAGAUUAAGAAUCUUAAUAUUGCUGGCAUUUUAGUGUCUGAUAAUAAGGAGAAAAUUCAUUAUGAGAUCCUGGAUGUUAAUACAAGCUUGUCGGACCAAAAAACUGCAACUGGAAUAUUUCAACUUAAAUUAAGGCUUUUAAAAAAAUUGAAAUGCAAUGUUAAGGUGAUACCGAUAUUUUAAAUUGUGAUGUCAUCUGUUGUACAAUAGCUACUGUAGCUUAAAUUAAAUAAAUGAUUGUUAUUCG